GUGAAGAGAAAGUGUAGGAGUAAAAAGGGAAGGAAAUUCUGUGUUUACUCGAAAUAUUCCUCCAUAAUUCAARUAUAUCGAACCCAGCCACAAAAAAUACCUUAUUUAUGGAAAAUUUGUGAACCAACCAUCAACUCUGUGGACUACAUUGAUGAGAAUUUAAGCAGAAAGUCAACUUAAAAAAUGGCUAAACUUGUUGCUGUGUGUCGAGAUGAGAUGGAUUUUGCUUUCGAACGUCGCCAGAUCCCUUUAGUAAUCGAAGAAAAUCUUACGAUGGUUAUGGAAAUUCCGGAAAACGUGAUAUCUUCUUGCAAUGUCAGCGAAAACCAAAUCCAAGAUUUUUUGAAGAGAUACGAAUGCUUGGAUAGCGAGGAGUUGGUUUUUGCUCUUAUGGUUCGUCAAAAAGAUGUAUUUUCGUUGCUUUCACACUCUGUGCCUUGUGUGGGCUGUCGUAGAAGUGUUGAGAGGUUGUGCAACCAACUAGUGAAAUCUGGUCAGCGAGCACUUGAACCGCUAAUCAUCACAACAUCAGGAAUCUUGACAGUUAGUGAUUAUUUUCUUCGYGACCCCAAGUUAGUAUAUGCAUUGUUCUACACACAUGGGUCUAGRUUGAAUGAAUUGGUUGARGCUAUUCCAAAAAGUAGAAGAAACAGGAGAUGUCCCUUACAUUCCUUGGAAACUCACAAGUCUAGACCAUCAGGAAGUUGGAUGGAUGUAUGGGAUCUUCUUUCUCAAGAAUGCCGAGAUGAGGUUGUUUUAAUUGAUUCAGAUGCUCUUCUUGAUACUCUAGAGCAUUACCUACGRAAACACAGAUUUUGUUCAGAAUGCAAGUCAAAGGUGCUGAGAGCAUACAGUAUUUUAGCAGGGGAUUUAGAUGGACCAAGUGAAAAAGGGUUUUGCCCAACAUUGUAUGACGGACUAAAGAGCUGUCCACAAGAGCGUCACAUCCACGUCCUGUGUGAUACAGAUUUCAUUGCUCAUCUGAUAGGAAGAGCAGAACCUGAAAUAGCUGGAGGAAGAAGGGAGAGGCAUGCGAAGACAUUAGAUAUUGCACAAGAAGAGGUUCUAACUUGUCUUGGUACUCAUUUAUGGGAGAGAUUACACAGACUGUGGCAGAAGCUAAGAGCAGAGGAGCAAACUUGGCAAAUGUUGUUUUAUCUUGGUGUUGAUGCUUUGAGAAAAACCUUUGAGGUUGCUGUUGAGAAGAAGCUAGGUAUCUCCAGGCUAGAACAAGUGGUCGAGGAAAUAUCUAUAGCAGAACGGAUGAAAGAACUCAAACGAGAACAAAAACGACUCAAGAAGAAAGCCAGGAGAAUCGAAAAGUGCAAGUGUUUGACAGAAUCUCGUGAGGCAGUCACUGAAACGAGCGAAGAACAAGAAAGCAAGCCYGCUCUUCCCAAAGAAAAUGGCGACGUCUGUGAAGAUAUAUACAGCCAUGAACAGGARGGAAGCUGUGAGGACGAAGAUGACGGCGACAGCGUGGACACUCCAUGUAGCUGUGAGGACAUGGACUGUAGCAUAAGGAAACGAAGACAAGACUCGUGGUCGGUGUACAGGAAUGGAGACUGUGGUUAUGUUGGCAAGACGAAUCCUUGGUGCGGCGAGCGGGAUCAUCGGAACGGGACGACCUGUACAGGGGAUAAGACACACCUAGUAAUAAAAAUGGCAAGAAGAAGAAGAAAGGGAAAAAGAAGAAAGGAACGAAAGAAAAAGAGAAGGAACACKCGAAUGGUUGUGGAGAACAUCAAAUGGACGAUUGUGAAGGGAUGGAUGAUGAGGAGAAGAAACUUCUUCAAUCCAUGGGAUGGACUAACUCUAGUGUUCAGCAUUGCUGUUCGUCGGACGAUGACAGCGGUAUAUCAGAACAGGAUAUCCUACAGUUCAAAGCCACACACARGAGUGUGACAGUGCAGCGGCAAGAGCUACGGGAGAAACUGCGGCAAAAAUUCGAAAAUAUGUCGCGGAAGGCAACAGACUCUGUAACGAAUCAGAUGAAUGGGUUAAACAUAGCUGUAGUACAUUAGUUCUAACCUUUCAGGAUUCACAGUGGCAUCUCAUCAUCACGCAUGCGUAUAGCGCUACUUCACUUUGAUUUUUGUAAUAUAAUUUUCGUUUGUUUUGAUUUAAUGCUUUGAAUAAUAUUAGUGGUUUUUUCCCCGGCACGUUGUCAGCACAGCUACCUGAUGUUGAUAGCCUGGUUUUCACAAGUAAAUGGCAUAAGUAUAGUAACGUGCGCAUGUGCAGAAAGUAUCAUUGAUUAUCUCAUUCGGUCUGUCAUCUUGGAAUUAUGAGCUUUCCAAAAUGGACUGGUGUAGAGUGUUUCUGAUUGGUUGAUGUCAUCAUGCAUAUGCUUCUCGCUUACGUCAUGCAUUGACUUAAACGUUAACACAAACCAAGAAAAACGAAUUUUUUCCAUUGAGCUUGAGUUUGUUGUUUUUGUCAUCGCUUGCUUUUUUCCCCGUGAAAACCAAGUUAUUUAUGGCUUUGUCUUUACUUUGAUGGUAUCCUGCACAACUGGUUUGUACCAUUUCGCAGCUUGCUGUACUCGUGUGGUUAUUUUUCUUUUCUUUUUUUCAUUUUUUUGUCUUAUUCAAUAUCCCAUUAAUUUGAUUUUCGAUAUUUAAGAGUGAACUAUUUUGUUCUUAAUCACCAAAAAGGGUUUGAAAAAACUAAAUACUGAUUAAAAGGACAAAGCUCACCASAGUCAAAAAAUUACCUUAGUGCUGGUAGCUUGGUAACUAGUUGUAUURUAAUUAGAUGUGUGACAUUACACAUAUAGCAGCAGCACACCGAUGAGAUACCGCUGUGCAGUGUGUGCGCGUAGUCUUAGAGAUUCCAAAAGUCUUCUCGAAUGGUUGUACCAUUCCCUAGAAUGGAAAAUAGUAAUAAACUGAUCAAAAACUUGAAA